AUGUUACCAAGAAAGAUUAUUAUUUCAAUCUUAGUUGUUGUGGUGCCAUUAGCUCGUGCUGAUGAUUUUGUUCAAAAUCUUUUAGAAUUUGUUGUUAAGGAUUUACUGGGGGAAAGUAUUCAAAUUACUGUCCCUGAAACCAACCAUGUUACAAAUGAAUUACAUGUUACUAAUCAAGCAGCUCCAGUGGAAAUCGACCCUUCAAAUCUUAUCUCCCCUGAUGAAGUAAAGCAAGCAGACUUUAGAAUUGAAACAGGAUUAUUUUUUGAUCUUAAUAAAGAUCCAGAUGAUUGUGAAGAAGAAAAGAAGGAAGAUGAUUGUGGAGAAGGAUGGUGGUUCUGGCCCUUUGCUACUACAAAUUCUACAGAAACAACCCCAAAGAAUGAGGAAAUCCCAAUGGUUCAAGUCCCCAGUAAUUUGGUGUUGGGACAAGCUUUUGAAGAUUCACAUGGAUUAUAUUCCAGUGAUAAUAUAGAGGAUUAUAAGAAUAAGGUAUUGAAUGGGAGUCACAAGGCAUUGCCCUCUGAAGUUAUUCAAAAAAGAAGAAAUAGAACGUUUGCUACCCGUACUUCUUCAAUAUCUUCUAGUUCUCCAUUGAAUACAACGAUCGCCUAUUCUGAUUUAAACCAAACUAACACUACAUUGCAUAAUACAACAAAUUUUGGAAAUAAUACAAAGCAAUCGUCACCCAAGAAAAUAUUUACAGAAGAAAACGAAGAUGAAGUAGAAGACGAGGAUGAAGAAAUUUCAAAUGCGGGAAAAUUAACCCUAGAUUAUUCAAUUUUAUUAUUGAUUUUAUGCUUUAUAUUCUAA